AUGGCAACACUGUUGCGAACAUUUCUUAUUUUGCUUCAACCAACUGCACGUUCAGGUGCAAAUAUGCCUCCGUCUGGACCUUUAUCAGUGCUGAUAACAGGUGCGAACCGUGGUCUUGGAUUAGGCCUCGUCAAACAGUGGUUAACGCUUCCGACCAUCAAGCAUAUAUUUGCAUGCUCAAGAAACCCAGCAUCAGCUCAGGAAUUGAAUGAAUUAUCGAAAAAUAACAGCAGAAUUCACUGUGUCCAGUUGGAUGUGAACAAUGAUGAUUCGAUUGCGGAUGCGAAAAAAAAGGUCGAUUCGAUAUUAGAUGGUGAGAGUGGCCUAAACGUGUUGAUAAACAAUGCUGGAAUAAAAUCACGUGAAGGUGGUGGGUUGGAAGAUGCGGAUAGAAAUAGUUAUCUAGAGGUUUUAAACACGAAUGUCGUUUCAGUUGUCAAGGUUGUUCAGGCAUUUUUACCUCUUCUGAAGACAGCAUCAAAGAAUAAUUCAACUGAAGAAUGGGGUGUACAUCGUUCGGCGAUAAUCAACAUAAGCAGUAUCCUUGGUUCAAUUGCAAUCAACGGCAGUGGCUCAGCAUCGUGUCCCUCCAUACCAUAUAGACUGUCGAAAGCAUCUCUUAAUCAGCUGACGAGGACUCUGGCUGCAGAUCUGAAAAACGAUGGAAUUUUGGUUUGUUCCAUAUGUCCAGGCUGGGUCAGGACUGAUAUGGGUGGUAAGAAUGCCACCUUAACUAUAGAAGAAUCUACGAAACGACAAUUUGAAACAUUUUUGAAGCUUCGUAAAGAGCAUAAUGGAUUAUUCUUUCAAAAUGAUGGCAAGAAAUUGGCUUUUUAA